AUGGCUCAGGGUUGUGAUGUAUUGUCGCGGCGGCAGAAGCCGUUGCAGGUCGAAAGCGCGAAGAUCGGCGAGGUUUUGACGGAGUACGGGAAGUUUCGAGUGGAAGAGCUCAAGAAGGGCAAGGAGAUCCCGCCAGAAAUGGUCCGCCGGAUGAAACUCUGGCUGAACCAGGAGUUUCGCAUCGUCAAACAGAGCCGGAAUUUGAAAGACGUCUUGCAUGAGAUUCUUCGUGCUUGUGAAAGAGCAGAGACCGUACCAGAGGCGUUGCUCCAGGAGAAGCUUCAAGAUGUACAGGAAUACUACACGGAUUUGGCGGAGUUCAAUCAGGAGCGUAAGGACAAUGUAAGCUGCAUCCUCGGUGCCGAGCAGGAGCACUUUCGAAAGUUCCGGAAGCUCUACGAUGAUGUGGAUUGGGAGCGCAAAACUUCCGGUGUGUUGUCUGGCUGUGGUGCUGCUGCAGGCUUGGCUGUAGGACUUGCAGCCAUGUGUCCCGUGACACUUUUUGGCGUAGCCCUUUUUACAGCUAUCAGUGCAGUGGCAACUUCGGAGCAUCGCUCCAACGCCAUGCGGCUUCAAGAAUCCUUGGUUAAAGACAUGGAAGCCAAAAACGUCCCGAUGCAGUGUUUGGAGACUUUGGCAAAGAAUUUGGAUGACAGCAUUUCGAGGCUGGAAAUCGAUGCCGGCAAGGUCUCAGGCCGAUCUGCUAGGGUCAAGCGUCGUGUGGACAUGAUGUUGGAAGAGAUCCAGGGCAUUCAAGUGGCUGCAUGCCAGAACUUUGUGGGCUUGGCCAGUGAUCCGACCCUCGCCGCAGCUUUCGGCAUUACGGAGACAAGACGGCUCCAAGAGGUACAGAAUGAGCUGCGGAAUGCUGCAGGAGCUGUGGGGAUGUGA